UCAGCCUCCCUCGUAGAGGACACGGUGUUCUGACAGUUUCAGGUUCCUUUUGUCUUUUCUGGCAAGACGAAAACAUGUCGGAGACUGCUCCAGUUGCUCCUACCACUCCUGCACCCGCAGAAAAAACACCUGUGAAGAAAAAGGCGAAGAAGACGGGCGCAACUGCCGGGAAACGCAAGACAUCCGGACCCCCAGUGUCUGAGCUUAUCACCAAGGCAGUGGCAGCUUCUAAAGAGCGCAGCGGCGUUUCUCUAGCCGCGCUUAAGAAAGCGCUUGCGGCUGCCGGCUACGAUGUAGAAAAAAACAACAGUCGCAUCAAGCUUGGCCUCAAGAGCUUGGUGAGCAAAGGUACCCUGGUGCAGACCAAAGGUACCGGUGCUUCUGGCUCUUUCAAGCUCAACAAGAAAGCGGCUUCCGGGGAAGGCAAGCCCAAAGCCAAAAAGGCUGGCGCAACCAAGCCUAGGAAGCCUGCUGGGGCAGCCAAGAAGCCCAAGAAAGUGACUGGCGCCGCUACCCCGAAGAAAAGCGUCAAAAAGACGCCUAAGAAGGCAAAGAAACCAGCAACCGCUGCUGCGACCAAGAAAGUGGCCAAGAGUGCGAAAAAGGUGAAAACACCCCAGCCAAAAAAAGCUGCCAAGAGUCCAGCUAAGGCCAAAGCCCCGAAGCCCAAGGCAGCCAAGCCUAAGUCGGGGAAGCCGAAAGUUACAAAGGCAAAGAAAGCAGCUCCGAAGAAAAAGUGAAACUGGUGGGAUGUUCCGCUUUGCAAAUUUAAACGGCUCUUUUCAGAGC